AUGGAUAUCUAUCGAGUGUUUGUCAUGGAACAAAGGGGAUGUGGAGCAUUGAAGGAGCCACGGUGGUGGCUGUUCAGCCUCGCCGUCUUUCUGUUGUGGAAAGGGUGCUUUGCCCAGAUAAGGUACUCUAUUUCGGAGGAACAGAAGGACGGAGCCGUGGUGGGGAACAUUGCAAAAGAUUUAGGGAUUGAUCCGCGGAUUUUAAGGGAGCGAGGAUUCCGUAUCGUGGGCUCAGGUGACUCGCUUCUCCGGGUGAAUCAGAACGAUGGCGUAUUGUACGUGAAUGGCAAAAUUGACAGAGAGGUGGUUUGCGAUCGAAGCAGCGUGUGUUUGAUCAACCUUAAAAUGGUCCUAGAAAACCCUCUUGAAAUACAUUACAUUGCAGUUGAGGUAUUGGAUAUCAAUGAUCACGUUCCGAAUUUCUUAGAAAAGGUGAAAAAGUUAGAAAUCUCAGAGUCCGCCUUGCCAGGAGCUCGAUUUCAACUCCAACCCGCUCAAGACCCUGAUGGGGGCACCAAUUCUGUGCAGCAGUAUAAACUUAGCCAGAAUGAGCACUUUCGAAUUGAGGUGAAAGAUCGAGGUGCCAAUGGUAAAAUUCCGUUUUUAAUUUUACAAAAGCAACUGGACAGGGAGUCUAUUCCCAACCACAGAUUGAUAAUCUCUGCCAGUGACGGAGGACGGCCAUCUAAGACUGGAUCUAUGGAGAUAACCGUUGAUGUUUUGGAUAUUAAUGACAACUCGCCAGUUUUCACCAAAGAUGUCUAUUCUGCGUCCCUCGAUGAAAAUGCUCCAAUCGGGACAACAGUUAUGCGAGUAAACGCAACUGAUUUGGAUUAUGGUCCAAACGGGGAAGUAUUUUACGCAUUCAGUGAUGACAACAGUAACAGUAAAUUUCGAGAGCUUUUUGAUAUAGAUGCAAUCACUGGAGACAUAACUGUGAAAGGACAAAUCGAUUUUGAAGAAAGCGAUGUGUAUGAAAUUGAUAUACAAGCUUCAGAUAAGGGGUUUGCUCCUUUGACAACCGACAAAAGUGUGCUGAUUAAAAUAGUUGACAUAAAUGACAAUGCGCCAGAGAUAGAAGUAACGUCAUUUUCUAGCGCUGUUCCUGAGGAUGCCAGAAUAGGUACUACAGUAGCUUUGAUUAGUGUGAAUGAUUUAGACUCUGGCAUUAAUGGAAAGGUGUCUUGUGCAUUGCCUGAAGAUUUGCCAUUCAAAUUAACGCCAUCUUUACAGGAUAAUGUAUAUUCUUUGGUUACAAAUUCUCCUUUAGACAGAGAAAUUUCGUUCCAAUACGAUAUUAAAUUAAGUGCAAGGGACGCAGGAAAUCCCCCCUUGUCAUCUGAGAAAACAAUCAAAGUGUUAGUUUCAGAUGUGAAUGACAACAGCCCAGAGUUUCCGCUGACUUCUUACACGUUUUAUGUGAAAGAAAAUAAUGUACCAGGCGAGUCACUGUUUUCCGUUUCUGCCUCCGACCGUGACCAAGGUGAUAAUGCACUAGUCACGUACCAAAUUUGUAGAGAUUGUGGCAAUAAUGGGUUCACAUCUUUCCUAAAUAUAAAUUCGGAAAAUGGUAAAAUCUAUGCCCUAAAAAGCUUUGAUUUCGAGACUGUUAAAAUGUUUCAUUUCCACGUGUUGGCCACGGACGGCGGAUCUCCCUCCCUUACCAGCAAUGUCACCAUAAACGUCUUUAUUCUGGAUCAAAACGACAAUGCUCCAGUGAUACUGUUUCCUAUAAACACCAAUGGUUCCGCUGAAGGCGUAGAAGAACUUCCCCGCAAUGUAAACGCAGGCUAUCUCGUGGCUAAAGUGAGGGCCUAUGAUGCCGACGUCGGAUACAAUGGCUGGUUGCUAUUUUCAUUACAAGAAGUUAGUGACCAUACUCUUUUUGGUUUGGACCGCUAUACAGGACAGAUACGGACCCUGCGGCCCUUCACAGAAACAGAUGAGUCUGAACACAAAGUAGUUAUAUUAGUCAAAGAUAAUGGGAACGUUUCACUCUCCGCAACAGCGACUGUGGCAGUAAAGGUGGUGGAGCCCAAGGAGGCUUUUGCAGCAGCUGACAGCAAAAGCGUGGCGCAGGAUGAUGAGGAAAAUGGUGUUACGUUUUAUCUAAUCAUCACACUGGGAGCCGUUUCUGUACUUUUUCUGGCCAGUAUCAUUGUUCUAAUUGUCAUGCAGUGCUCCAAACCAAAAGAUUACUCAUCCAAGUAUUUACAAGAUGCAGCAUACGACGGGACUUUGUGCCACAGUAUUCAGUACAGAUCUGGAGACAAGCGCUACAUGCUAGUAGGACCUAGAAUGAGUAUUGGUUCUCAAAUAGUGCCUGGCAGUAACGGGAAUACACUUGUGAUUCCGGAUCGAAGGAGGAGACCCUCUGAGGAGGUAAGACACAACUGUAACAAAUUAUAG